UUCAAUUAUCCUCGCCUUAAUCCCUAGUCUUUGAUGCGACGAUUGAAUGCCCGUAAAAGGGACGUUUCUAAGAUUUCCAAUAUGGAUCCCGCCAAGCUGCACGUUAGACCUAGCAGCCGAGCCAAUUUGUUCGCCAGGAACAACCCUAAGAACUCUUCCAAAUCCAAAUGGUGGGUUUCUAUUUCAGCCCUACUUGCGUUCGCUCUGUUGCUCUGUUAUGUAUUCGUUUUUACAAGGAAUUUGCGGAGCUCUUUGAAGAGAAGAUAUGGAAUCGUUAUCGAUGGAGGUAGCACAGGGACUAGAAUCCAUGUGUUUGGGUAUAGAGUGGAGGGUGGAUAUGGGGUUUUUGAUUUUGGGGAAGAGGGAUUGGCGUCGUUGAAGGUGAAUCCAGGGCUAUCGGCGUAUGCCGAAGAUCCAGACGGUGCUGGGAAGUCUUUGAUGGAGCUUUUGGACUAUGGGAAGAGUCAGAUUCCGAGGGAUCAAUGGGAAGUUACUGAAGUUCGGUUAAUGGCGACGGCGGGGCUAAGAAUGCUGGAAGUCGAUGUACAGAACCAGAUAUUGGAUUCUUGCCGGAGCGUACUGUGGUCUUCGGGAUUUAAGUUCCGGGACGAGUGGGCGUCGGUCAUUACAGGCUCUGAUGAAGGGACUUAUGCGUGGGUUGCUGCUAACUACGCGCUUGGCACUCUUGGAGGUGAUCCCCUUGAGACAACUGGAAUUAUUGAACUUGGUGGAGCUUCUGCUCAGGUUACUUUUGUUUCAAGUGAACCAAUACCUCCUGAAUUCUCACGUACAGUUAAAUUUGGCAAUAUGACUUAUAGUCUAUACGCUCACAGCUUUCUACAAUUUGGGCAGAACGCUGCUCAUGACUCCUUAAGAGAAGCACUCAUUUCAGCUAAAACUCAUCAAAAUGAACUGUCUGUGGAUCCUUGUACCCCCAAUGGGUACUCUCAUCUUACUGAGCCUGAAAAACUAUCUCCAGACCCUAUGGUGGAAAGAAAAAGGUAUCUAUCAACUUUCCAUUCCAAGGGAAACUUCUCUGAGUGCAGAUCUGUUGCCUUAAAGCUGCUGCAGAAAGGAAAAGAGAAAUGCACCAAUGCAAAUUGCUAUGUAGGAUCCAUUUUCACACCAAAACUUCGAGGGAAGUUUUUGGCUACGGAGAAUUUCUUUUAUACGUCAAAAUUCUUUGGUCUUGGACCUAGAGCUUUUCUUUCAGAUCUGAUGGCGGCUGGACAGGAGUUCUGCAGUGAUGACUGGUUGAAGUUGAAAAAAAGACACAAGCUACUCAAUGAAGAAGAUUUGCUACGCUAUUGCUUCUCAUCAGCAUAUAUCGUCGCCCUACUUCACGACAGCCUUGGAUUUAGAUUAGAUGAUCAGAGCAUCACUGCUGCUACUCAAGUGCAAAACAUUCCACUCGAUUGGGCAUUGGGAGCUUUCAUCCUGCAAAGCACAGCUGCAAUAGAAUCAGAACCAGAGCAAUGGGAUUGGAUUGCAGCACUCUUCGCCUGUGAGUCACCCUCUAUGAUCUUGCUAAUUGGUAUAUCAAUUGUGUUGUUCAUAGCAUGGUAUGUAUUGAAGUGGAGGAAACCUGAGUUAAAGACGAUAUACGAUCUAGAGAAAGGACGAUACAUAGUGACCCGUGUGAGUAAAUGCUGAUAAACAACUAGUUUACUAGUAACUUGCCUGGAUGGUUUCAAUAAUUUUUACACAAUUCAGCCUAAAUAUAGUUUCCCAUAGACCAAUCUGUGAGUCCAAGAUGUUGUUUGAGAUUUGUAUAUUCCCUGAUUUUCAUUCACAUCUCACGUAGAUUGCCACUGUUCUAGAAAAAUCAUCCAUUUUAGCAUAGGAAGAACAGAUCGCUGUCGUCGCCAUCGAGUCAGAGUGUCAGUGUGUUCCCCUUACUUUAUAAGAUGAUGUUUUGAUUUAUUAUGACUGAUUUCAUGACGAA